UGCAUUUACAGUGUUACUACACCCAGGACCCUGCAUUCACUAUAUCUGGUCUCCCAGGACCCUGCAUCCAUAUCUCUGGUCUCCCCAGGACCCUGCAUCCACUAUAUCUGGUCUCCCAGGACCCUGCAUUCACUAUAUCUGGUCUCCCAGGACCCUGCAUCCACUAUAUCUGGUCUCCCAGGACCCUGCAUCCACUAUAUCUGGUCUCCCAGGACCCUGCAUUCACUAUAUCUGGUCUCCCCGGACCCUGCAUUCAAUAUAUCUGGUCUCCCCGGACCCUGCAUUCACUAUUUUGGGUCUCCCACAGACCCUGCAUUCACUAUAUCUGGCCUCCCACAGUAC